CACAACACCUUAGCAACCACCAUGGCAAAACAGUUCGCUAAUAACCUAGAAUGUUAUUUUUUCUGGCCAGAGGCUGAAUCAAACAUAAUAUUCCACAGAUUCUAAUGAAUGAAGUUUGCAUCUUUUUCACAAGCUGGUUGUGAUUUGAUGGCUUUUUUCUGACCUAAUAUUUUAUUGAACAUUCAUUGCAUCCCUGGGUCAGUUUUAACAAGCGGUUUUAACCAAGUUUUCCAGCUAGUUACCCUUCAGACUUGCUUUGACAUAAUGGAGCAUCUAGAAAUCUGUCAGUAUCCCUGUUUAAAUUCUGUUCUGGUUUUGGAAACUGUAGCCUAUUGUACAGGUCAACACUGCUAAAUUGAAUUUUUGUUCUAGCCAAGGGCCAAACCGCCUCAACCAACCACAUCCCAGUCUAGCUGCUGCUCUAAUGACCGGCAGGGGGCGCUCGCUGUGAGAUCAGCCCCAGGAUCACGUACUUCUCCGCUCCUGCGCGUGCGCGCUGCCCGUGCGCGUGCACGGCGCGGUCCUGACGAGCGCCCGGAUCUCCAGCUUGAUCUGUCGCGAGCUCCCCCACGAGAUGAGCUCCGAGUCGCGCGGCGGAGUGACUCCCCUGAUUCCUCCAGAACUGAGACCAAAUGUUUGAAUGAAUGAAUGGCAGAAGAGAGUGAUGCUGUGCGAGAGAGAAAGAAGACACAUGCGUCGGAAUGACACAGGGUUUCACCCCACUGAUCCCAUUCCUGCUGCUGCUGCUUAUGGGAUUUGCAAUGGCCAGUCUCCAUCUGUGGCCCUCAGUUCACGUUGCUCUGAGCAAUGGCAGCGUUUUUGUCAAUUACGACGCAGUCGGCAACCUGACGGACGAAGAGCUGGCCAUGGCUUUGGUGGACAUUGAUAAGAAUGUAACCGUGCUGACCAAGCCUCUCCAGUUUAACCAGUCUGGAGGCUCAUUGGAGUUUGACUGCGCAUGCUUCUUGUACGCUGGAAAUUUCAGCUUCAAGAUAGAGCAAAGAGCCCAGCAGGGCUCAUCUAACAAAACAUCUAGCCAGUGGUGGAGCCCAGUAUUGCGAGUCCAGUGGCCCACUUUCCAUCUUGGAGUGGAGCGGGCUAGCAACAAUCACAGCUCAGACGCCUUUCAAAUCGCUGUGUCCACUAAUGACCACUUCCACGCCUGCUCCAGCAGCAAGACCUCAUCCCUCUACCUGGAGGUCAGCUACCUGGAGCACAACCAGAUCGGGAAGAAAAGCAUAGACAAGGUGCAGAACCGCAUGAGGCGUGACAUCAAGGUCGUCAAGUCCCAGCAGGUGGAGCUGGACUGCGCUUCCCAGCUGACCGAACGUGGCUUCAUCCAGGUGGCCCUCAAAUCCCACCUCUCCCAGCAGGACAUCAAAUCCUCAGGGCCGCUCUACCUUUCCCGCAUCUUUUCCUACAAGCUGCUGGUGGAGAACAUCUACAGGAAUGGCUGUGAGGGCACAGUGUCGGUCCGCCUGCUCUCCCCACCCUGCACGGUCACCACUGGGAAAGUGCUGCUGUAUAAGGAGGUCAAUACAGCUGCAGAGCAAGCAGAUCCAUCUCAGCUGGCUUUUAACUUCCUCAGCCAAGGCGAGAAUGAGACCGAGUUUAACUGCUCUGUCUUCGACCUCGGCAGGAAUAAGUACUGCUUCCAUUUUGCCCUCAUCUACAGCCAGUCUCCCAGUUCAGCACACACCUGCAUCAUCGUGCAGAGGAAUGCUGUAGAGAUCUGGGGCCCCUGGCAAACGUGGAGCGGCUGCAGCGUGACCUGUGGCGAGGGAGUGCGAGAGCGAGUGCGUGAGUGUCUGCUGCCUUCUAGUGGUGGCAUGCAGUGCACUGGCCUGGUGAGAGAUCAGUCACACUGCUCCCUGGAAGACUGCGCUGAGGACCUGCCUCCUCCUUCCUUCCCACCUCCUCCAGCUUUGCACUCUUUUCUGGGGGGAAAUAUGGUUGUGGUGGCCGGUAUCUCUCUGUGUCUGGUGGUCAUCUUGAUCACCAUCAUCAUCACAGUUUGGAGGAAACUGUGCCACGCUCCAAAGUGCAGCUCGGUGCGACGUGAAUCCAUGCAUUCUCCCAGCGGGCGCAAAAACUCAGACGAGGCUUCUAUCUGUGGGUACAGUCUGCAGAGACCCAGUUUCUCGGAGAGUCUGCAGGCCACUGGACCUCAGAAAGGUCUAACAUAUCCCGGAUCUGCAUCAGACAAAGGUGUAUUGGCUCGUCAACAGAGCCUUUCGCUACCUUUGCCCUUGGUCCAGGACCCUGAACGGUUGUCACCUUCUGGUCAAAAGAUUCUGCCUCCGAUUUUUGGUUAUCGUUUGGCUCAGCAGCAGCUUAAAGAAAUGAAAAAGCAGGGACUUAAAGAGACCACUCAGGUCUAUCAUGUCUCUCAAAGUCCUAUUGAUGACACUAUGUUGGAGGCCACAGCGUCCACGUCUGCUGGCUUGACACCAGUGCCUCAGGAAAUGGAAAACCAAGAGGAACCCAAUAUUGGUCGCUUCCACCUUCCACCAAAGUCCCCUUUCUCAGAGCCGAUGUGGCCUCACAAAAACUCUGCAACUCUGCCUGACAGGCUAAGCCCUAAGGUUGAUCUGAUACUGGGCACACCAAAGUCUGCCUUCAGUGCCAGGGAGCAGCGCCAGGAACGCACUGCGGACUGGGUGGCAAUGGUUGAGCGCAGUCGACUCGAUUGCUCCAAGAAUCCAAAUUUCAGGAGGACUUGUAGUUUCAACGAGAGCCAGCUGCAGCAGCUGCCUCCACCGCGUCCCUUCAGGGAAAGGAGCAUGACCCAGGUUGCACCACGCCAGCUUCCAGAAGGCAGCUGCAGGACCAGAGCCUGGGAGCAUCCCAUUCCAGAGAUGGAGGACUGGUCUCGACCCAAAUAUGGAAUACCAGACAGCUCACGUGACCAGAGAAGGAGACCAUGGGUGGGCACUCCACCUUCCCUCUCAAAAUCCAAACCAGUUGCUGGAAAUUUAGGGACUUCACCACCAACCAAAGAUCCCCUGAACAACAGUCGCUCAUUGGGCAGAGCACCUUCUUUGGGUAUGGACAGAGUGGAGAGGGCAGAACAGAGCUGGAGCCGGAGAGGCCCUUCACCCAUCCAGAGGAACAUUCUGGCCAGGAAACUUCGGGAAGCCAACUCGUCUGCUAGCAGCCAGCGGCAAAGAAGUUCUACCUUUUCCAGCUCUGAUCAGCGCAAGGGCCGCUGCAGGAGCCUUCCACUCUCUGCAGACUACAGUAACUCCUCUUACGGCCUGACUGACUCUGAGAAACGCAUGAUGGACAUCUCUGGAUACCUGGGAGAGGAGGAUGGACUGGAGGUUAUGAAGGACCACAGACUUACCUAAUUUUAUCUGAGCCUGCUUUUAUCAUGUACAUCCAGCCUAUAUCCAGCUCAUGAACUCUGAGUACUUAUGUGCUUCUGAAGUGAAUUCCCAAAAGCCUGAUUGAUAGGCAUGAAAAAAAAACAUCAAAAUAUAUGGAAUAAUAUGGAGAUAAUGUUGAUAUAGGUCAUUUAUUUAUUUAUCAGAGGGAUUAAAUAGUGUAUGUUUUUCUUUGUUUGUUUGUUUUGUCAAAUAAAACCACUAUGUUUAAAAUUGCCAUAAAAAACAUAGAGGAAUUUGGAUGAGUUUUAAAAAAUUAUGCAAGUCAGUGAUUAUGGAGCACAAUUUUACAUUGAGCCAUUUUGUUUUACAUUUUGACAGUGUACUUAUAAAUGAAUUUCUUGAAAAGUGCAGAAGAAGAUUAUGUUAUCGGACAAAAAGUAGUUGGACAUCUGUGUCAUGCUUACUGAAUGUAUAUGUUCUCUAAUUGUAAGUUAAUUGGCCUGAUUAGCCAACUGUCAAAACAAGUAGCAUUUAUUUUAAACACAUUAUUCCAAAAUGGUAAUUUUCUACUUGACAAAUAUUUUUUUCUAAUUUUCUAAGUUGCAAAGUGUCCAAAUACAUUCUGGGAGCCAAUGCAUGUUAUGUUAAAAAGAUUGAUGAUUUAUGUUAUUAAACAGUAUUGAUCAAUUUUACACAAGGCAAACUACCAAGGCUAAAUUCAAUAAUAUAUAUUUGUACGUAGGUAAAGUAUAUGUAAGUUAUAUAAGCAUGUUAUGUAAGAAUAAUGUUAUAUUUACACCUGUUGUAUUUCUUUGUUGUACAUUGUUUUGUUUUGUAAAUUUUGUUAUUUUAUAAUUUACACUUCGUAAGCUUAAAAAAAAAAGGUUCUCACAUACUCAAACACCCUGACAGUUGUGAGGUGUUUUCCAGCUGGUAAGGUAGAAUACUGGCAAGCAUGCUCAUGGCAAUGCAACGGGAUGUUACUGAUUUAUUGAUCUACUGAUUUAGAUUCAUUAGAAAAAAACAUACAAACAUUAAGACACAGCAAUGGCUGGUUUAGUGUUAUAUGAUAUAAUAUAAUGGAUCAUUUUAUCAAUCUUUCACAUAAAAUAGUAUAUACAGCUCUGGAAAAAAAAGAGAGCAGUUAAAAAUUCUAAGUUUCUUUAAUUUUACCUAAUUAAAAACCUCUGAAAUAUAAUCAAGAGAAAGAUGGAUGAUCACAACCAACAAGGAGAACAUGAUGCCAAGAUGCAUGAAAACUGUGAUUAAAAAACAGGGUUAUUCCACCAAAUAUUGAUUUUUAAACUCUUAAAACAUUAUGAAUAUGAACUUGUUUUCUUUGGAUUAUUUGAGGUCUGAAAGCUCUGCAUAUUUUUUUUUUCAGCCAUUUCUCAUUUUCUGCAAAUAAAUGCUUUAAAUGACAAUAUUUAUAAAAAUGUUGUCUGUAGUUUAUAGAAAAAAACACAAUGUUUAUUUUACUCAAACAUAAACCUAUAAAUAGCUAAAUCAGAGAAACUGAUUCAGAAACUGAAGCGGUCUCUAACUUUUUUCCAGAGCUGUAGGCUAUAUAUACUAACAUGGCGUGUUUAUCCUAAAUUGAGUGCUUUGAAAUAACAUGAGAAGAACCCUUUUAUUUUUCCAAAGACUUGAAAAAGUGCAAUAAGGAAGUUAGAUGCAGGGAUUGCAGUGUAUCCAUAGAUUUUGAAUUUAAAAAACAAACAUGGGUCAAUAUUGUGGGGAUCUGGGGUUCUUGAAAGUCAAACAUUUCAGCAUCUCCGCUUAGUGUGUGUUUACAGACCCCAGUGGCACAGAAUUCCCAGUUACAGUUGGGUAUUGGUUCUAGGAAAUAUUUGGUAUGUUAAGGAACUGCUCAUGAACACUAAGCUGCUUCAUGAAGGCAAACAAACUAGUUUUCCCUCUGGUGAAAUUUAUGAAAUGUAAUGUGUAAUAUGCAAUGGACUAUAGCAGAUGGGGCUGUUUUAUAAACUCAUCUUUGCAUUUGAGAAAUAAGUCAGAUAGACUCAUGCUGAGUCCAAGAUUUAACCUGCAGAUGAACAUGUUUUCAUAUAUAUUUGUAAAUAAAAAAUCUGCUAUUUUCAUACCUUUAAUUGAGAAUCUUUUUUUAGUACAGCAAUGAUGAAUCAUUUAGAUGCACUCAUAGAAGUCAAACAGCAGUACUAUAUGUGGGAAUGUCGUUACACUGGAAAAUGUAAUGUUUCAGAGAUGAUGAACAGCCAAUGUUAUAUAUUGUCUGUAAAAUAAAACAAUAUGUCAAAUUUUCCUUUUUUUAUUAAUGUGUGCUGUCAGUGCUAAAUUGUUAAUACUCACAAUUAAUCUGGAAACUUUCAAUGUGAUAUUGUUUUUAUGCAAAUCGAUCUUUUUAAAAGUUUGGCCCAAACGUAUUACUGUGAUUUAGUGACAUUUUAGCAAGUAGUGUUUUUAUUUAGCAAUGUAAAGUUCAGAAGGUAGAUCACUUUUGAUUUAUUUUGAAAUAUGGAUUAAAUCUCAUAACUAACUCUUA